AUGUGUAGACCCAGCAAUGUCGCUAGAUACUACUGCGACAAUGACAAGGAUUAUCACAGAUAUCAGCCCAAACAAUGGUGGUACGCAUGUGAUCAGCAUCCGAAUCCGGCACUUCGAAACACACAUUACUUAGAAACACAACAGAAACCGCCAUGUCCUGGUACUCACCCCCCUUUGCCAGAUGAUGUUUGUCCCUAUCACCGGGAGAGAUACGGUGAUCAACUAGCCGACAAAAUACAGAGCCACAUUACCGAACUACUCGCACUAGUGCUUGAAGCUGGCAAUAACCGUUGUCUCGCUACGGGAGCCCCGAACAUAAGAGAGUACAUUUUCUUCGACGUCGAACGAUAUUCCGAGUAUCUCGAACCGACACCGCAGCCAGGCGAUCAAUACAGAAAAUAUGGAAACCAUCCAAAACAUCCGCCACGUCCACGGCGUUUGACUCCGAAAUCAGAUCGCUCUGACAAUUAUUUACCCACUCUUAGGAGACUGGAACGAAGUUGGAUCCGGAACGACAUUGAGUCCGAGCGCAAUAAACUUCAUCCUGAUGUGGAGAAGGUGACCUGCCUUGUAUUUCAACUUUUUCGUACAAAGAUUGACUAUCAAGAGGCGUGGGCGACGUUGAAGCUACAUGAAGAGUUAGAGUCAAUUAUUCAGCAAUGA